AUGACAUGGGAUCGCGCGAUCCCCCCUGAUACCCGUGGCGAUGUGCUAGUACAAUGGUGCCUAGAUAAUGAUAACGUUAUUUACAACGCUGGAGAGUGCACUCGCCACACCAAACGCCAUGGCUCGUCCGCGCCAGAUGUGACAAUAUCCCGAGAAUACUGUCUAGAGUCCUGGACGGCAUCCUUCUCCCCGGACAGCGACCAUUACAUCAUCAUCCUCUUCGACGUAGUGGUAGGAGAUGAUGACGAACCACUGCGGUUCCCUCGCCCUCGUGCACCCAUUUAUGCAUGGAAGAAGGCGAAAUGGUCUCGGUUUAGAGAAAUGUCAAACGCACAGUGCAGUAAACGCCUUAAAAAGAAAAUGAGCGUUCACAAGAGAGAACGACUACUGACCUCCGCCAUCCGUAUCGCAACAGCUGCGGCGGUUCCACGCGGUGGUAGAGAUACUGCACCUUAUUGGACUCCAGAAUUAGAUGAAAUCGAAGAGAAGAUUCACAAUUGUAAACCUUCUGUCUCCAGAGACAGACUGUUAGCUCGCAGAAGAGAAAUGCUACGACAAGCAUCCCAUAAGAAAUGGAAAACACUCUGUAAUAACAUGGACGUGGCAGACGGCUGCUGUUGGAACAUUUUGAAGAGGAUUUACACCCCACACCCCCUCAGUACCCCGGCGAUUAAACUUAACAACACGGUACUCACGGAAAAACAGAAAGCCAAGCACUUUAUCCGUUUAUAUUCACGGAGAGCUAAACGGCACCCAUAUUCCCACCCUCCACCACCCAUUCCAGUUACCGAUACAGAAUUCAUCCCCAUUACAGCAGCAGAAUAG